CGAGAAAAAAUAAAUAUUUUGGACCAUCUCAAGGCUCGGGCAAUUUAUUAAAAUUUUUUUUCGGCCCCGGACGCAUUUUGUCGUCUAAAAAAAUGGAGGCGCUGGUCAAUUACAGUAGCGAGGAGGACCAGGAUGAGGCUGGCUACCAAAUUCGGGCACCACAGCAACAGCAACUGCAACUGCAACAGCAACAGCAACUGAAAAGGGCCAAAAAGAACAACAACAAUGACGUGAGCAGCGAUGCUGAUGGCGAUGCCAGCAUAGAGAGUAGCCCGCGUCAAAAAUUUACAAAUUUUGGAUAUAAAAAACAGCAACAACAGCAACUACAAAAUAUCCAACACCAUCAACACCAUCAACAACAACAAGAACAACAUGAAAAAUCCCUGCAAAAUCAACAGUACCGCAACAAUAACAAUUCUCCACUGCUGACGACGUCACAGUCCCAGUCCCAAUCCCAAUCGCAAUCGCAAUUACAAUUACAAUUGCAGUUGCAUCAACAUCACAGGAGCAGCAGCAGUUGCAGCAGCCGCAUCCGUAUAGAUGAGGACUCCCAUCCCAGUCGCCCGCGCCAGGAGCGUGACAGAGACCGCGAACGAGACCGGGACAGGGAUAGAGAACGGGACAGAGACAGGGAGCGUGAUCGGGACAGGGAUCGAGACCGAGAUCGAGACCGAGACCGAGACCGAGACCGGGAUCGAGAGCGGGAGCGGGAACGCGACAGAGAUCGUGAGCGGGAAAAGCGAGAUCUGGAACGCAGUCGUGACCGGGAACACAAUAAGAGUGACCAUCGCCAUUAUCGAACCAAAGAGAGCAGCAGCAACAGCGGCCACAGAGAGCGAGAGCGUGAGCGCGGCGACCGCGACAGGGAACGGGAACGGGAUCGUGAUCGGGAACGUGAUCGCGAGCGCGAUCGGGACCGUGAUCGGGACCGCGAUCGCCGUCGGUCGGACAAAAGCAGUCGCCAUCAUCACAGCGGCAAGGACAAGGAGCAGCGCAAGGAACAUCAUCACAACCACGAUCGCAGUCGCCGGCGUCGUGGCGACUCCCGUUCGCGAUCUGGUUCUCGUUCCCGCUCGGCCAAUGAUACGCCCCCCGCCUCCCGUCGCCGCCAUUACCGCUCCAGAUCUCCCAGGGAGGAACAACAGUCUGCCGGAACGCACCGUGGCAGCGGUGGUGCUCACCUGCAGAGCAGUGGCGGUGUCACUGGCAGUAGUUCGUCGUCAGUGGCUGCAGUGGCUCUGGCAGCCGCCAAUGCAGCGGUUGCUGCCAUGACAUCGGGCUCAUCGACCGGAGCAGCGGUCGGAGGUGGUGGACUGUUGGCCGGAGGGGGUGGUGGUGGUGGUGGGCUAGGAGCGGCCCCAGCUGGCGGCGGUGGACUUUUGCCAACGCCCAACUACGCCCCCAAAAUACCCUCGCUAAUGUCCCUCGAGCUGAGCACUCCGCAGUCGGCCUUGGAAUCCCCGAUCCAGUUGCCCAGCUACUAUAAUCCCGGAAUCAUAAACGCCAAUCGCUAUGCCGAGCAGCAGCAGAAGCGCAAGCUGCUAUGGGGCUCCAAGAAGAACGAGGACUCGGCCAACAAGUGGGGCAAUGCUCACUUCUCCCAGGACUCUGACGGCAAGGUUGCCUCGAAGUUUAUGCGGCUGAUGGGCAUCAAGCACGCCCCCGCCUCCAUGGGCGGCGAGGCUGAGGCUCACGCCCAGGAAGCUGGUGGCAGUGAGGGCGCAGGCAGCAACGGCAGUGCAACCGCUGAGGGUGCAGGAGCAGUGGCCGGAUGUGCUGGACCGCCUGGAGGUGGAGCAGGAGGAGGAGGAGGAGGUGGUGCAGGAGGAGGAGCUGUAGCAGGAGCUGGAGCAGGCGCGCCGACAAAUGUUCCGGCGGAUGUUCAGCUGCGACAACGCAUGUUCUCCAACAUGGAGCAGCAGUACGAGAUGGCGCGAGCGGCCACGCACACGAUGCGUGGCGUAGGUCUAGGUUUCGGCUCCCAGCCACGCACUUUCUAAAGGGGGAUAAGGCCGGAGCAGAAGCAGGAGGAUCAGGCAGGCUGGAGCAGUGCAAGCUCCACGCAAACAGGCUGUAAAUACAAUGCCACCACUCAACUCAUUAGUCAUGUCAAGCUGUUGCCCUUCAUCCCUCAAAGUUUUGUUUGUGUUGAGCAAAUGUUUUUUGAUUUCCAAUAAACGUUGCAUGAGAAGAA